GUUGCCCGACGACGCGAAGACCACCUGGUCGCGACGCGAAGGGGACGGGCGGAUGUGCGAUUCGCAGACACGCGACGCACGAGACCGAACCAAACCGCGGUCAGCACACGGCCAAACGUCAGCAAUCGGCCAGCAGGGUCGAUAGUGAGGCGGUUGUCCCCCGAAGAAGUUAAACGUCGACGUGAGAAAGGCCUCUGCUUCAAGUGUGAGGAGAAGUUUACUCCCGGUCAUCAAUGCAAACAGACCUUUGUAAUAGAGGUGGCCAACCCCGACGAUGAGGAAGCUGAGGUCGAGGAGGAACUACACCAGGAAGAGGAGACUGAAGCACUUCAUGAGGAGCCUGAGAUCUCGAUGCACGCAAUGGCUGGAAUCAGAGGACCUCGAACGAUGCGAUUGCCAGCCUGGGUCAAGGAUCGGAAGGUGGUGGUGCUAGUAGACAACGGGUCAUCACACAACUUCAUCAAUGCCGACUUGUCCCAAAAGCUGAACUUACCAACCACGAAUAUUGAACCUUUUGAGGUACGA